AUGAUAUAAAUACAAUAAAAGGAAUAGACACCCUUCAAAACCUUCCAAUUGCUCUAAAUUCAAUGUUAGGUGACUAUGAAAUUCUUGGCUGGAAAACUCCAAACUAAAUAAUAAUUCCUUGGAAGGCUGAUUGAAACAUUUUAAUUGAGAUAUUAAAGUGAUGCAAAUGAUCCAGAUACUCAUUUUAUAAUAGAACUUUAAGAUGACACCCAAAAUUAAUUCUUGUUUUAUGGAGAUCUAAUAGCAAUCAAGCAUUUCAAAAGUCAAUUAUAUAUCAAUGUGAAUCAUGAUUAAAGACGAGAUCAACUAGAUUAAUUCGACGUUUCUUUGAUGGAAAAACCGGAAUAUUUUGUAAUACAACCACCAGAUGAAGAUUAAAACUUAUAACUCAAGUAUCUCAAUAAGAAAAUAGUUGAUCCUUUUCGAUUAUUGUCUUGUGAUAAUAGAAAAUAUUUAAUUUCUCAUUCUUUGAAAAAUGAGAGUAAUACUCUAGUCAAAGGCAAACAGAAUUUGGAUGUAAAAAUAACAAAUGAAGGAGUCUGGAAUUUUGUAUAUUUUGAGUCGGAUAAUCAUAUUUUGAAGAUGUUUAAUAGAGUGCAAAGUCAACCAGUCUAUGUUGAGAGUGGGAGUAAAAUAAUCAUAAGGAAUUGGUGGACAGGGUUCACUUUGCAUUCCCAUACUAUUAUGGUUUCAUAAGGAACUAAACAAGAAGUCACCUGUUUUAGUCAUCCAAGAGAUAGUAAACAUUUUUAUAGACAUUUAUAGAAAAUGAUUAUUGGUCUAUUGUUAAAUAACAAUCCAGGAACACUUCUAAAUACAUUAAUCGCGAAGAUCAAAUUCUUCUAUAGCAUCUAUAGACUGCCCUAUAUCUGAAUGUUUCGGAUGAAGAAUCCUUCUCAGAAUUAGGUCAUCUAGUGUUUUGCUCCUUGAAGGCUUAAUUCUUCAGUCUUUAAAGUAAACUAAGCAUAUUAAAUAUAGCAUUUGAAGAAUUUAUUUUAGAGAUGAACAAACCAUUUGUUAUUAAAUUUAAUAAUUAUUUCUUGGCUCAAAGUCCAUCUGCAGCAGAGUGCAAUAUUGGGAAUCAGUAGGAGUGCAUAUUUGUUGAGGAAUAAACACAAGCAUGCUUAUGGAUUAUAGAGAAAAUAAUUUGA